GGAGCUCCGGAGCACUGAACUGAACCGAGUCGAGCCGAGCAGAGCCGAGCCGCCAUCCCGCCAGUGAUGGCCGGCAGCUUGCAGGACUGACGCGUCCCUGAGAGUAGACCUGAUCCACGUCCCCCUUCAGCGCCAUGGAGCGCUCCGGCAGCAUCCAGCUGGACAUUCCGGACUUCAGUAAUUCGGUUCUGUCCCACCUGAACCAGCUGCGGGUCCAAGGGCGCUUGUGUGACAUCGUGGUCCACGUUCAGGGUCAGAGCUUCCGCGCCCACAAGGUGGUCCUCGCCGCCAGCUCGCCGUACUUCCGGGACCACAUGUCCCUGAGCCAGAUGAGCACGGUGUCGCUGACGGUGAUCCGGAACCCGUCCGUGUUCGAGCAGCUGCUGGGGUUCUGCUACACGGGUCGCCUGAGCCUGCAGCUGUGCGACAUCAUCAGCUACCUGACGGCCGCCAGCUUCCUGCAGAUGCAGGACGUCAUCGACCGCUGCACGCACAUCCUGGAAGGAAUCCACCUCAAGAUAAGCCUGGUCGACCCGGACCACCGGCCCACGGACCAGGAGGGGGUGCCGCCGCCACGCCCCCGCACUUUGGAGGCUCCGGUCAGAGGAGCCCAUCAUCCGUUACCGCUCAGCUCCAGCGUGGACGCGGCCAGCCCCGGCGAGGAGACGCUCAGCCCGACGUCGGGACCUUGCGGGCCGGAGCAACCCGGCGUCUCGGUCAACCGGGCGGCCAAAGAACCCAUCCUCCGCAUCAACCGGGCGGGCCAGUGGUACGUGGAAGCCGGCAGCGAGGCGGACGAGAGCUCCUCCGUAGACGGCAUCACCAUCAAGACGGAGCGGACGGAGCAGUGGAUCGGGACGGGGCGCGAGCGGGAGGAGGCGGGCCUGUCCGAGGCAGGCGGCGCCAUGCUGAUCGACGUGUCGGGACAGGGUACAACGGCGCCGGGAACGCCGGGAGCCUGCGGGGCACGACCGUCCAGCAGCCUCGGCGACGCUGACAGGUUCAGCCCCACGGGGAGCGUCCUGGUCCUCGCCGACCACCAAAGAGCGAAGAGCGAAUCCCCGAGCCGGACCGACGACCCGGGACACGCCAGCUCCCAGGGGGAGGAGCCGGCGGCCUACGAGGACUACGUGAGGGAUCAGGCGGGCGACCGCUGGUUCCGCUACAACCCGCGGCUGACGUGCAUCUACUGCUGCAAGUCCUUCAACCAGAAAGGCAGCCUGGACCGCCACAUGCGCCUGCACAUGGGCAUCACGCCCUUCGUGUGCCGCCUGUGCGGGAAGAAGUACACGCGCAAGGACCAGCUGGAGUACCACAUCCGCAAGCACACGGGCAACAAGCCCUUCACGUGCCGCCUCUGCGCCAAGAGCUUCCCCUUCCAGGCCAUCCUCAACCAGCACCUGCGCAAGAACCACCCGGGCCACGACACCCACAGCGCCUCGCCGGAGACCACCACCGCCUCCCUCACGUCCAGGGGCGGCCCCGGCGACGACGCCUCCCCCGGGCAGGAGGAGCCCGAAGCGGGCGGCGGAGGCGGAGCGGCGUACAACGACGGCCCCCACCCGUCGGUCACCACCACGGGGCCCGACUGAUACGGCGCCCUCUCGUUUACCCUCCCCCCUGCCCUCCACGCCACCUCAGCCAAUCACGUCCUUCCUCUCUGCCUCCUGACAAUCAGCCGGCCCGGUGCGGCGACCUCAUCACACCGCAAGAUUUUUAGCGAGAUUCGACGUCCAAACUCCGGGCACACUCUGCCGGAGCCGGUUUGGGUCUUUUGAGCGGUCCAACCGAUCGUUGAGUUCGGGUCUCAACGGACAAACCUCAGAUAAGCUAAGCAGCUCAGUUACCUCUCGUCAGCACGCAAUACACCACCGGGGGGCGCUCCAUCCUCACCAGUUUCCUCAGUCGCCCGUUCAAACUUCCUGGAUCAGGAAUGAAAGCAAAGAGGCGACAUUUUAAUCACUCAAAGAUUGCUUCUUCUUUUUGUUUUUGUUUUUUUAACUCGUGUACUAACCGCGCUUAAAUAAAAACUAGUUUCCUCGCGAUCAAAGCGGCGACGCCAGGUCCGGGUUAGGUUUUGCCACCUCAGGAGGAAGAGAUGAUGCAGUGUUAUCUGCUCCCAGAUACUACCGUCAUGCUUCAGUCCCUCGCAGGAUUCUCACAGGAAUGAGGCAAAAAAAAAGAAGAAAAUAGGACCUCAGGAACUGUGGCGUAACGGACAAAAUACUCCUGAGCUUUGACCAACCGGUGCGCCUCUGCUCCACCAGAGGUCAAAGGUCGCCCGCCAAACAACUCGAGCACUUGAUCAUGAAAAAAAAAAAAAAAAGUGUCGACUUGCGUGUGAACCACUUUUUUUUUUUUAUGCAAGGGCGGGACUCGCCGUCUCCGCCAGGUGGACC